CGCUAUAGCGUUAAUAUUUUGAUGUGUAAAGAAGUGUUUAUUCUUUACAUUCGAUCAAAGUAAUAUAUUACAUUAAUGAUAUUUUUUUCAGUGAUGUGAAUUACAGCCUCAAAAGGAGCACAAAAUUGUUAUAAAUAGAAUAAAAAAUUUAAAAUGUGCAAUGUUGUUGUUUUUAUAGAAAUGUGAUUAUAAAGGACGGACUUAGCUAAAAUGUGGUGUGGUCGGGCUGUUCGCGGCUGUGCCCAUGUGCUCCGCAAGAGGCUGCUGGCAUGCUUGCUGCUGCUGUUUGCGGGCUCUCUGUGCACGGUCGGGAUCAUAAGCUCCGGAUACUCUAACGCUCGGGUUAGAAGACAGGCUCUACCGAGAAAAUUCGCCCGGCUUCCUCGCGAAUAUCAGAUGGAGUCUCAAAUAGUGGAAAUGCAGACGCACCUUAAAUUCUUGGAAUCGUUGUAUAGGGCACGGGAGGAGGAUAUUAUGACGUUGCAGAACAAGGUCGCGUCGUACAAUAUUUCUCACACAGCUUUGGCUGACACGAAAAGUGCCACUUUAGCCCCGGAAGUGACUGCCCUUCUAAAGAACUUGUCCGACUCGAUGGCGAGCAGGGGCGUGAACGCAAAGGAACUGACGCUGAUGAAGACGACCUUCGUGUACCAGCUCCUGCCGCAUCUGAUGAAGGAUCCGAACAGCUUGAAGCCGGCGUUCCACAUGAAGGCGGACAGGGGUUUGGCGCGUUUCGUCAUCGGCAUACCAACCGUCCGGCGCGAUAAGGAGAGCUACCUCAUGAUCACGCUCAAGCACCUCAUCGAAGGCAUGAGAGAAGAAGACCAAAAGGACUCCGUGAUUAUCAUCUUCGUGGGUGAAACGGACCUGCUGUUUGUCAUCGACAUCGCCAAACAGAUCGAGGCGAAGUAUCCGAAACACGUGAAAAACGGUAUGAUCGAGGUGCUAUCGCCCUCCGCGUCUUACUACCCCAACUUCGACUCCGUACCACUAACCCUGGGUGAUUCCGCGAAGCGAGUCAAGUGGCGCACUAAGCAGAACCUAGACGCGCUGUACUUGAUGGCUUACGGCCAGACCAAGGGCACCUACUACUUGAUGAUUGAAGACGACAUCAUCGCCAAGAAGCGGUUUAUGCAGGAAAUAAAACAAUUCACGGCUUCCAUCUCCGUGUCGGUUCCGAACUGGUUUUUCCUGGAGUUCUGCUCGGUGGGCGGCAUCGGGAAGCUGUUCAAGUCUUCUGACCUGGUCCACUUCAUCACCUACGUCCAGCUCUUCUACUACAACAUGCCCAUUGACUGGUUGCUGGAAAGCUACCUGGCUGACCGCGUUUGCACCAUUGAUAAGACCUCGAACGCUUGCGGCAAGAACAAGAUGCAAGUUCGCCCAAAAUACAAGAGCUCUCUGUUUGAACACAUUGGCCUGUACUCGUCGCUGAAGGGAAAGAUCCAGAAGGUCAAGGACCCCAAAUUCGGUGCUCUGCCAAAUCACUUUGGCCAUAAGAAUCCCCCCCUGGAACGGCUUUUUUGUGACAUCGAAGCGCAUGCUGAACAUUCUUUGGAGAGGGCGUACAAUGGCGAAACAUUCUUCUGGGGAAUUACGCCGAAAAAGGGCAGCGUAGCCGAAUUCUGGUUCGAUAGACCCGUUAAUCUGGCAAGAUAUACAUUCCGAAGUGGCAAUGUCCAACACGUGAACGACAAAUUCAAGGACACGGUAGUGGAAAUAUUACCCGAGAAUACCAGGAAUUUCAUCAAGAUAGAUGAAUUUGAUGAGUUUGGUCUAGCCGAUGGUCUUUUAAAGAGGGAAAUUGGGCCGAUUGAAGCCAUACGCCUGCGCGUCAAUAAGACAGGCUCGCACUGGGCCAUUCUCAGCGAGAUCGACCUGAAGACCUUCGACCAGAUGGUGGAGGAAUGACGCCAGGCGUAUGCGCUGAGCACGCGCAUCCCGAUACACCCCGGCGGCUCCUUCACCAAAUACAACAACAACAAGAUACUGAACGGACGUUAGACGCGAGAGACACUUCUAAUAACAAUCGGUCGGCUUUCUUGAACGGACGGAUGUAUGGACACUUUGGGCGUUUUAUUUUUAAUUUCUCAUUUUGAGUUCGGUUUUUGUGGACAGACUUCUGUCUAAUUUAGCGGCGUUUCGUUUGUUUUGCCUCUCUUUACAUUUUUUUUUUUUUCAAUUUCGCAAAAUUCUUGGAAUUUUGGGGUCUUUUAAUUCUGGGGUUUUUUUUUUAAAUUUGGGUUACUGAUAUAUUUUACAGCUAAUUACCACCAAGUGUCCUACAUUAACAUUGAACGAGAAAAAUAAGGGAGUGACGUAUCGCAAAUAAUGGAUUGAAAUCCGUUAUGCUUGUGGGUGAAGGUGUGCCCUUCGGAAUGUUUAAAUGGCUUCUUUUUUCUCGUUCAAAUGUUAAGAAAUUGUUCAGAAGGCCAAUCAUGAUACUGUCUAUUUGUAUUUUUAUUUUUAAGAAAAUUAUUAAUGUAAUAAUUCCAGUUUCAUUUUUAAAAUUUAUUCCAUUUCUCAUUUAUAAUUCCUAAUAAUUUUCACUUAUAACGUUUCGGCUCGUUUUCAUUCGUAUUCUCACUUAUUUCAAUUGGUUGAAAUAAUUCUGUUUAUAUUUAAAAAUAUAGCGUAUGUAUAACGAAUUAGGAUUGUUAUUAGAAGUUCGAUAAAUACGAUUCCUGCGAAACGGCAACCACGAAACGGAUUUUUAUUUAAUAGUUUUUUAUUUGUUUCACGAAGGUCCGUCAAUUAAGAGUUUCAAUAGAAACGUACUAUAACAUCUUAACAUUUUAGAAUCUUAGACCGGAUUCUAAAAAUGAAUUAUAUUAACAAUUAAUUCUGAAAAAUAACUUUAACACUCGACCUUCGUGAAACCUAAUUUGAUUUACUUAGUAUUUUGUGAUAGUAUUUAUAAGUUAUUCUUAUAUUAGUGUAUUUAUACAUAUUUUUGAUAAUUUUUGCUAUUGUUUUACGUAGUUAACGUACGCUUAACUUGUUAUUAUGUCUAAGUUAUUUAUUUCAAUGUUAUUAAGUUGAUUCGCCGCAUGCGUGAACAUCUUACAGGUCAUGGGUUAUAUUGAGAGAAGUAAUAAUAUAGCGGACAUAUAAAACAGACACUUAUGUGUGUCCCAUGACUCAGAGAAGUGUCCGUUUUCUCCACCAAAGCUAGAUUAAUAGGUGUUAGUUUGUAGUUAAAAAAAUAGUGCCAUCUUGAAUUUUGACCAAAUCAGGGAAACGGUUGAUAUUUACCUUGUUUUCGGGAUAACGGUAAAAUAUACCGUACGUCCGUACAUUAUAAUAUGUACAUCGAAACCAGAGAGCGUUUGAAAUAUUUCAUCAACAUCAAUUCAACCAUUUCAGCGGGAUCGGAGAUACGGUAAAACAUCCAGAUACGUGUGAUUUCACGAUUAAAAACACAUAUUAACACAUUAUAAAACUCAAGCCAUGCUUAAGCAUGCGUAAAGCAAAGAAUUUCAGAUAUCUUCCUCCGAAUUAGUACAAUCCGCGUCAUCAAAUAAUAGUAUUAAAAAAAUUUACUGUCCGCGCCGAUUAUGGUCGAAAUUCAAAUGCACGCCCAAAAACAUAUGUGAUCGAUGUCUAGAUAUAAUCAUUCUAUAAUCUUAGCUCAAUAAUGUCGUGUGGUUUUGAAGUCGAUACCUCCGUGUGCUCAAAACUGUCUUAAUAAUAUAAAAUUCUACAAAUUCUCUCAAAGGGAUCAUAGUAAGUUUUGUCGAAUUUUGGCAAAACUUCAAAAUUAACAUUAAACAUUUUGUAAAGAUUACCGGUCUAACGCAAAAUUACUAGUUAACAGAGUUGGAGGAAAACCCGUUUUGGUUUUUCGCCUUCUCCGCAAGUUCGAAAGAUUGAAUUAUUCAGAGCUUUAAAUAUAUUGCUAUCUAUUGUAGCAUCUAGGCAAUAUCCAGGCUAUCAACGUCUUUAGAUGUAUCGAUUUCAAAACUAACAAUUAAAUGACUAGCCAGUGUCAUACAUGUAUUAAUAUAUAUAUAUUUUUUUUGUUAUUAGAAUUAAGUUAUUGUAUUCAAAAAUAUUCUUUAAAAUUUUGUUGAAUCAAUUUUGAUGUUUUACGUAAGACUUGACUUGAAUUUCAGAUAGGUUAUUAUUUUUAUUCGUUGAAAUUGUUAUUAUUUUUAACUGGACGGAAAGAUUUAGAAGUAAGACCUGGUAAGAGAAAAAAUAAGCACUGUUAGCGCAAGUAGUAUAAAACAAGAGAUUACAAAAACAGAUAUAGAAAGCACGCUGUAACCACCAUCUACAGUUAUAAUAUCAGAUCUAUAAGAGAAGUUGCGACUUCUUAAAUCCUAAAAAUAGGUACUCUUGAGUCAUAAAAUAUCUUACCUUCAAAUGAGAAAUAUCUCAUUAUCUCUCUUUGCAAGUCAUAAAUGUCUGACAACCCCUUAAACUAUUUAAGAAUACCAAAACAUUUGUCCUCACAUCGACUCCUGCGCAGUACGUGCCAAUUCUCGUGAAAAAGCGAACGGACUUAAAGUGUACAGGGAAACGUGUGAUUGCGGAAAUCGAAUUCGUAUACACUAGUUAUUCAUUUAAUAAUAUGUAGUUAGGAGACAACUAAAUGUGACUGAUGUUUUUAUUAGACGUAAUUAGGUUAAGCUUCGCCUCGCUUGCUCAUAUUGCAGCCUAUUCUUUUAAACUUGUGAAAAUUCAGUGUAAUUCCAUUUUCUAUCUGUCAGUCAAUGGGUUUAGUGUUGUAGGCUGUUCCCAUGUCUAGGAAUAUAUAUAAUAUGUAUAUCCUCGAGACUGGACUCCUGAAAUGCCCAAAUUGAGCGACUCGUUAUACGGACCGAUUAAUAUCUGGUACUUUAUGAAAUAUGUGAUUACAUCACCGUUUGCACCUCAGAACUUUUGAUGUAACUUUGUUAAAUGGCAUUCAAAAUCUUUGCUCAAUUCUAACAAUAGGCGCCAUGUUCUUUGUUAUAUGAACAUAAUGGUGGAGAAACCCAACUAAAAAUUACACUGAAAUAUUUUCCAAGUUUUUAUAUAUAUUUUAAAGGCUUAUAGAAACGUUUAUGGAUUUAACAAAUUAUUAACGGAAAAAGUAUGGAAAUGCAAGUAUAUCUGCAAUUUCAACAAAAACUUAUAUAAGUUUGAACGAAAUUCUAGAAUUGUAUUUUUUUUUUUGCAUUUCAUUUUAUAAGCCUUAUAACGGAUUAUGUAUUAGGUAUUAUGAUAAUGUAUUGUAUUGCGUUGGAAUUACAAUUUUUGAUCAACAUCGUGCCAAAUUAAAUUUAUAAAAUCAUAAUUAUUGUAUCUCUAUAAGCUUAAAGAGCUAAUUUGCAUAUGGGGGGGGUCAGAUUUCUUUGCGAAUGCUUCUUGCAUUAAGUAGGGUUAAGAACUAUAUUAUAAGACUUUCCUGUGUGUGUACAUUUCCUAGGCUAACGUCAAUUAAGCGACAGUAACAGGAACAGCUCUCAGCAUUCCUGAUGAGAGUAUGUAUGAGUGUAUUAAAAUCGUCGUACCUUUAUUGACGUGGGCUUAUGCGCUUCUUAUGGUAUCACGUAUACCUAACUGUGCUUUUAGUUUUAAAAUCUGUUGUAUUAGUUUUUUAAUUCAAAUGUACCAUUCAUGUAUGCUGGUGCGAUUUGUCAUUUCGGACUAUGAUUCCAUCUGUUGCAUUGUCCCAUACAUCUGGCCUUUUCUAUCAUAGCUAAGAAAUUUAAUAAAUAUAUCGAAUAUAAGCCAUCUCUUUCGAUCUUAAAAAGCCAUCCUUGUCAUCUGGACAGUUUCAAGGAUUGGAGGGGUCAAAAGUCUCACGUCAUCUCGAAACAUCAGAUUUUGGUACUUAUUAGAAAUGAAUUAUGUGCAAAUCGCUAGAGCGCCAUCUACAUUGAAUAGUACUUUAAUGCUUUUAAAACGUAUUUUGAUCUCAAAUCUUUCAAAAGAACACACGGUUUCGUUUCAGUGCGGCUUCAGCCCUAAUUAUUUACCAAAGAUCGCAUGAGAGUCGCACAAAACUUCUUUGCAUUUAUCCGAUUAAUUUGUUUUGUAAAAACAUUGUCAAUAUUUAGAUGCUCAUUUACAAAACAGUUUUAAGCCAUUUUUGUGUAACACUCGAUGCCAGUAAAAUUGUAUGUUAUAAAUGUUUCAUUUAUUUUUGCCGUUUUUCUAAAAUCAUAUAACUCUUUGCAAAUACCACAAACUUUUUGGAAACGACUGAAAAUUAUACAGUAAAUUUAAUUCGUUUGAGACACAAACAUGGCAGGACUUUAAGAUACCUAGUUAUAAUUAUCUUUAAUCCUAAACAAUUACUUAUUUUUGUAUCAAUAUAGAAAUCAAUCAAAUUUUCGAAGACUUUAUAUUAAGUACAUAUAUUAGUUAAUUAUACCUAAGAAGAGCCCAAGUCUAGUUUAUAAAUAUUUAUUCUUCUAUGCGAUUUGAUCGUUACUAAAUAUUAUUUAAUUCAUAAGCAAUUUAAUUUAUUAUUAUUUUUGUAUAGUUUUAGUUCAAACAUGCCAUAAUGUGUAAGCAACCGGAUUAUGAACAAACCCUUUAUUAUUUAUUAAAAUAACACGCACUAUGGGCCUCGUACUGGAAAAAUUUAAUCAUUCAUCACAUAGUGGAAUCAGUUCCCUUAUAUACCAAUAGAGGGAGCUAAAUUAAAUCAUAACUCCAAAACAGCGUUUUAAAAAUAAACUAAAUAUAUUUUACCGUGGAUUAAGGAAAAUCAAUGCUUGAAGUUUUGUACAUUUACGAAACAUCGCAUAUUAAAAUCUCUAAUAUUUUUGUCGUCAUAUACACGAAAAUUUUUGUUUUUCGAUAUUUAAAAAAUAAAUCAUGUAUUGUAUGAAGAUUGAAGACCAUUUUUGAACGAGAAACAUUUGUCCAAACGGAAAAGUGGCGAUGUCCAUAGCGUGUGUAUUGCAAUCCUAUUUUGAUAUGAUUUGCGAUACUUUACUGUUCCUGUGUCUCGUAGUACGUAAGCUAUAUGUAACCGUAUAUUAUAACUAUAUGUCUAUUAUCGAUGUUCAA